GUGAGUAAUAUUCGAGUUUCGCGGUAAGUGGUCGCGGGCACAUGUCUGUGAAAUAUCUUAUUCGUCGUUCAACCAGUUGUGAGCGAAACGUCUGGCGUUACGACCGCUACGGAGAGCGGCGCCGGUAGUGCAGUGAAACGAACUAUUUAUUGUCAAUGAAAUUAGUUCAGUUAUUUCAUAGGUCAAAUUAAUUGAGUGAAAAUGAGAGUUAUCGUUUGUUGCCUUUUUAUUAUAGCAAACAUAAGCAAUAAUGGGAAAGCUUCUCUUGAAAGUUUCGCGCCUAGUGGAGCAAAUAUACUUUUUGAAGAUAAUACGAAAAAUUUAGGCCAAGUAUCAUGCUACCGACCUUGCAAGUUUAAUGUGAAGCCCAAGCGAUGUUACUACACCUUCAAGAUAGAGCCAACAAUUCAGGCUGAUGAUCGACCAGCCAUCACUAUAAACGGCAAGACUCCAGGGCCUCCAAUACAAGCCUGUGUCAACGACAUCAUCAUUGUAGAAGUCGAGAAUCGCAUUCUAGACCAAGAUAUAAGCAUCCAUUGGCAUGGAAUCGAACAAAAGGGGACUCCUUUCAUGGACGGAGUGCCGAUGGUUACUCAAUGCCCUAUUGGCUACGGACAAACGUUCAAGUAUGCGUUCGUUGCGACUUCUCCAGGAACUUUCUUCUAUCACGCUGACUCAGUGUACCAUCAAAGCGAUGGUGUGUACGGUCCCCUGAUCAUCAACCAGCCACAGCCGCUGGAGCCUCACUCUUCAAUCUACGACUACGACAGGAGCAAGGAGAACACGCUAAUCAUAGCUGCUAAGAUGCCAGAACUGUUGACAGCUAAACUGGAAGAUGUUAGCAAGUUGAAGCCAGAUGAGCUCAUUAUCAAUGGGGAUGGAGAUAUUUCGAAGUUUUUCGUGAUGGCCGGAUUCGCGUAUAGACUGAGAUUGAUAAACGCGAUCGCCAUUGAGUGUCCCGUCGUAUUGAACAUAGACAACCAUGAAAUGAUAGUCAUAGCCAGCGAUGGAAAGCCGACCAAACCAGUUUUAGCUAGAAAUGUGGAAUUGUACCCAGGAGAGCGUAUGGAUGUGGUCGUGCGCGCAACUCAAGAAAGUGGCGGCUACUGGGUGAGGGCAAGGGGCAACGGCGCGUGCGCAGGCGUUACUGCCAACGCGAUGCUCAUCUAUUCCGGCUUCAACUACACCUCCAUGUUGCAAGAGAAUCAGAAUGAUUUAGAAGAUCCACAUCACGCGAACUGGGAAUCUGACUUGGUUGUGGGAGGUCAAAUGCUAGAGUCCCUCCAAGAUCAGAGUCAUGCGACAGACGUCAAGUCAGUGUAUUUGGGUAUAGACAGAAAUGUUAUCAAAGUUAAGGAUGAUGAAAUUGACUUUAGAUACAUAAGUGAUGCUAUACCGAAGAAGCCUUACUUCCCCGCGCCAUUAGCUUUAAAAGAAAACGGUGUAGUUCAAAUCAACCAUAAGAACUUCUUGUAUCCUAACGUGCCGAUAAUGGUGAAACCAAAGGAAGUCCGAGCUGACAUGUUCUGCAACGUGGGGGAAGAAGACAAGCAGGUGGAGAUACAGUGUCUGCAGGUGCUGGAUGCCGUCGAGGGCGAUGUGCUCGAAAUUGCAUUGGUCAAUGAAGGCUUUGGCAGCAACGACUCAUACACAUUCCACAUGCACGGCUACAGUAUGCAAGUGAUCGCGACGUGGCAGAACCCUAAAGACAAGCCGAUCUCAAAAGAAGAUUUUCAUACUUUAAACAAAAAUGGCAAAAUUCUAAGGAACCUCCAAAAUCCACCAUUCAAAGACACAAUUACCGUACCCAACAAGGGUUACACUAUAGUGAGAAUCAAGAUAGAUCGCGGAGGCAGCUGGCUGCUUGAGUGCAGGUCCUGCGCCCUAUCCUCCCUCCCUGCAGCCAUCCUCAUCAGAGUGCCCCAAGCGAUACCAAAGUCCGUCGUAGACUCGUUACCCAAGUGUGGCAGCUAUAGACCCCCUGAUGUCCUCCUCAACUAAUUAAUAAUUUAGACUGAUAGUAUUUAGUUGGUCUCAACGUUUUAGUUUUAGGUUAUUUAUCAGAUUUAGGCACGUCUUGUGAGUGAGGCUGAGGCUAAACUUGUGUUUGAAUCACUGUGAGAAACAGAUUUAAACAUUAAAAGAAGAAAAUAGUAUAUUUAAAUGGGUGGCGUUCGAAUAAUUCUUUCGUUAAACCAUUCUAGGAAACAAAUAAUACUCCGUAGUAUAUCAUUAGCAAUAGUAAAAUGAUGCGAUUUUGUUUUUGUCGAAUUAGUAGGUACACUCCGGCUAAGAUGUUUAACAAAUAUAGGGAGAAUGAUUGUAUUGUAAAACUUUUAUUUUAUUAUACUGUUAAUAUUGUUAUAUUUUAAGCAAAAAUAUAGAGAACCCAGUGAUAAACUUACUAGGGAAGGUUAACCAAUAAAAUAAUGUAACACACGCUCAA